AUGGCUGAGCAGCUUCACAUCACGCGUAUUCAUCUCCCGACACUUCAAACGCCUCCUACACCAGCGUCGUACGACAAGCAUCGCGGUCAGGGAACUCCGCUCAUCAUCGACAACGGGUCCACUACACUACGCUUUGGAUUUUGCACAUCAGCCACUCCGCGAUGCCAGCCUAAUACCGUGUCAAAAUACAAGGAGCGUCGGACGAACAAGCCAUUGCUGCUUUUCGGCCACGGGGUCGAUACGGAGAGCGGGGCAAAGUCUCAGGCAAAAACACCAUGGGAGGGUGAUGUGUUGUUGAACUUCGAUGCUCUUGAAAAUGCACUCGACUAUGCUUUCAUCCAACUAGGCAUUGACGCCUCUAGCGUUGAGCACCCUGUACUCAUGACAGAACGUCUCUGCUCCCCACUGCAUUCCCGAGGGCUCACGUCUGAGUUGAUCUUUGAACAAUACUCCGUUCCCUCUCUGGCAUAUUGCGUUGAUUCUGUCAUGUCUUUCUAUCACAACAACCUUCCGCCCUCAUCUGUCCCAUUCUCUUCGGAUGGACUAGUCGUAUCGUUCAACUCUGCAUCGACAUCCGUCGUGCCGAUCAUGCAAGGGAAAGGUCUGAUGAGCCAUGCAAAGCGAAUACCAUGGGGCGCGAAUCAAGCGACCGACUAUCUGCUGAAGCUUAUCCAGCUAAAAUAUCCGACAUUCCCCACUCGCGUUACGAACACUCAAAGCACGUGGAUGUUACAGAACUUUUGCGAGUUCGCGAUAGACUACCCCACACUUUUGCGUACCCUGAAAGACCCGCUUAGAUUGCGUGCGUCAGAACGUAUUAUUCAGUUCCCGUUCAUGGUAAACGCUGCAGAAGAAAAGACAGAGGAGGAACUCGCGCGCAUUGCAGAACGUAAGAGAGAACAGGGCCGGAUGUUGCAGGAGAUUGCGGCGAAGUCUAGGAUGGAGAAGCUAUUGCAAAAAGAGAACGACCUGCAAUAUAUGCUGAACCUAAGGGAAAGACGAGACGAGGAGACCAAGAAGGAAUGGGAGAAUACUCUACAAGAGGAGGGCUUCGAAAAUGAUGGCGAGUUGGAUAGUGCCAUCAAGAAACUAGAGAGUGACCUGAAAAAGGCGCGAAAGAAGGAAGCAGAUGGAGGGGAGCCAGAGGAUCCAGAGCCUCCUUCUUUUCCCCUUAUCGAUGUUCCUGAUGCGGAUCUUGACGAAGAUGGCUUGAGGGAGAAGCGUAAACAACGGCUCAUGAAGGCAGGGUACGAUGCGCGCGAACGCGCCAAGCGUGAAAAGGAGCGCGAGCGUGAAGAACGUGAAGCGGAGGAAAGAAGAGAAGAGGAAGAGCGCGAUCGAGACUUGACCGGCUGGGCAGGCAAGCUGCGAAAGGAGCAAGAGGCAAUCAUGAAUAAAAUCAAAGAGCGGAACCGCAGGAGAGCGGCUCUCACGGACAGGAAAAGUGCCGCUGCACAGGCGAGGAUGAAAAGCAUUGCGAACUUGGCGGCUGACGAUCGUGUCCCGAAAAAACGCAGGAAGGCCACGGGUGAGGAUAUGUUUGGAGCGGAUGACGCUGACUGGGCGAUCUACCGCAAGAUUAACACGGCUGCAGCCUCGUCCGAUGAAGAGGAGGACCUCGUAACCCUUCAGGCAGUGGAACAGAAGCUCCUGCAGUAUGACCCAUCGUUCACCGCUGAGCACACGCACGCAUCCCUAUCGGCACAACGCUCAGCAUUGCUAUCUGCGUUUCGACCACAGUACGAGGACGGCGACAUAGAAGGCAAGACACGGCUCCACCUCAACGUUGAGCGGUGGCGAGUUUGCGAGGCUUGGUUCUCUCCCAGCAUGGCGGGUAUCGACUCUGCAGGGCUUGGGGAAGUUCUGCAGGGGGCACUCUCACGCUUCUCCGAUCAGGAAAAGAGUCGGUUAGUCAAGAAUGUAUUCGUCACUGGAGGCCCUUCGCAAUUUUCAGGCCUCUUAGACCGUAUGUAUGCAGCGCUGCGCCCCAUCCUCCCUCCAGAAAUGCCUUUGGAGAUAGUUCGCGCCGCAGACCCUAUGACUGAUGCAUGGAAGGGUAUGGCGGACUUCGCGAAGACAGACGAGUUCAAUCGGGUUAGUGUCACGAAGGAGGAAUAUGAGGAAUGGGGCGGGGAACGCAUCAAGCGGUGGUGGGGAGGAAACUGGAAUUCAUCUGUACUGGUAGACUAG